AUGGAUUCAAUUCGCACUUUGAACACCCAACAUGUAGAUUCUGCACGGCUACGCGCACGUUACUACUGGCCUCAGAUACAUCAGCAACACAAUAACUUCAGAGGAGUUGUCAAUCUUUCCAAAGUCACAGCAUUGCUGAAUGAAUUAUGGGUUUCAAGCUCCACUGGAACUGUGGGCUCUGUUGCAGAAACGCCCGAUGAAAACCGCACCGGUAAAAAGCGCUCAGCUUCGUCCUCAGAGAUCAAGCCCUCGAAACGCCCGAAGCUUCAUGUCGACUCUAGUAACCCCUCUGAACCAAGGCCCUCUGCUUCUAAUAAUAACGUAAAGCAGAUAUAUGCUCCAAAUGAGCCAGGGAAUAGUAAAGAUUUAUCUCCAGAAAGUUCCGGCGGUCAAUAUGUACCCGUUUUCCGCCAUGUUCUUGAUUUGCAGUACACAAAGUCUGCAAACGAGCAGGAACACAAUGUCGAUAAUGUUGUUGCCAAUCGCAAUGGCUGGUUGAGAGAGGAGGAUGAACUCAACGACGUUGUCCGGAAGCUGCAAGGUUACAAAAGCACUUCGCGCACAUUCGAGCUCGGAACUUUGUGGUUUCGUAGUUAUGGGGAUCGAGUUAUUGCUUUGCUGGGAAAACCUCGCAACUCUUGGCUUAACAACUCUUUUUUCCUACAAAACGACGAGUGGCAUUUACUCGUUCCCCGCGUCAUAUGGCCGGACGGUCUGAACGGGCAGCUGCUAGAACAUUUCGAUAUUGGCUCGUCGCCUAACCAAGAGGAUAUGUUACUUGCUCUCUACAACCUUCAACUCACAGGUCACGCAAAACUCCACGCAAAACUUCGUGUUAUUACCUUACCUUCAGACGCAUAUGAUGCUGACCAUGACCUGCCAUUUCGCUUUCAGCUUGAAUAUACUGUUUCUCUCGUUUUGUCCACUUUGUGUCGAUCAUUUCCGUGGCAGCCAAAACGUCAGCUCACCGAUUUGGAAGAUAUCCAAAGGCGCUUCCUAUUCUACAUAUUUCGCAAGGCUCCUAUUUCUUCGUCAAGCCAUGACUCCGGUGAUAUCAAUAUCCCAUUUUUAUAUUCCAUUCUCCGCCCAGCACUUGGGGUUCCAUCUCAAGGAGCCCAAGAAGCCCUUCAACCGAAAGCUCUUCUGCCUACUCUGCUACCAUUUCAGCGACGUAGCGUAGCAUGGAUGCUCGAACGUGAAGGAAAGGUCAUGUCCGAUAGAGGAGAACUAGUUUCAAUAGCGUCCAUGAGGGGGGACAGGCCGCUAGCAUUGUUUUGGGAGAAGAUCGAUUUGCCUAGUCAUAAACUUUACAUUAAUCGCAUCAGUGGUGCAGUAUCUCUUUAUGCGCCCCAGGAACAUUCCGCCUUAGGAGGCAUCCUGGCUGAAGAACCAGGGCUGGGGAAGACUCUCGAAUGUAUAUCUCUCAUCAUGCUUAAUCCCGGAAGGGAUCGCAACCCCAUCAAUGAGACGUGGGAUCCUGAAGCUCAACUCCACGUGAAAGAGAUCAAGACAACUCUUAUCGUCACUCCUCCCUCUCUUGCCCCACAAUGGGCGGAUGAGCUGGCAAACCAUGCCCCUACUCUAAAAGUAUUUGUUUACGACGGAUGGGCUAAAGUUGGUGUACCUAUUACAGAAGCUGACGCCAAAGCGGAGAGAGAAAGAUUACGGUAUAGGGGCAAACCGAAGAAAGUCAGCAAUACAAAGUCAAGAAAACGUAAACGUAAAAGCAGCGCAUUCGAUUCGGACACUGAAAUGGAUGACGAGGAACAAACGUCUACUUCGAGACUUGAGGAUACGGGUGGCGGCGACAAGGUUCUCGAUUGGUGCUCAUAUAUCAACAGUUAUGAUGUUUGCAUCACAACCUAUAAUGUUCUACGACAGGACUUUACGGUAGCUCGUGCCGCGCCUAAGCGACCCCGCCGACAAGCUGUCGUUUAUUCGAAUGUGGAACGUCCCCGCAGCCCACUGGUGAUGUGUGAGUGGUAUAGGGUUAUAAUGGAUGAAGUUCAGAUGAUGGGAAGUGGGAAAUCGGAGGAAAUGGUUUCGCUGAUACCAAGACUUUCGUCGUUUGCUGUAUCUGGUACACCUGCGCGCAGUCAGGUGGCCGAUCUAAUUCAUGUGUUGAGAUUUUUACGCGUUGAUAAUCUUAUUGGAUCUAUGAAAAUGUGGAAUAGGUUGUUAUUGCCAGGGCUGAAAGCCCAAUUCACAGAACUGUUCCAGCGCUAUGCUAUUCGAACAAUGAAGUCGGCUGUUAGUGCCGAGUUAACUAUCCCGCAACAAACUCGUUAUCUUGUCAGCAUUGAGUUGGGCCGUGUCGAAAGACAUGUAUAUGACCAGAAACUGGAAGCUGCCUUGCUCGAGCUAGGACUUGAUGCCCGAGGAGUAGCAGCUUCUGAUGGAUGGCAGGUAGAUGCAUCAUUAUUACGAAGUCUACUCCGGCAACUUCGUGGCAUAUGUACCCACCCACAGGUGGGGCAACUGCAAAAACAGGGAGACAAGCUAUUUAAGCCAGGGGCUUUGAAGUCCAUGGGCGAUGUGUUAGAGGCAAUGAGAGAUCAGAAUUGGCGUAAUCUCAUGGAUGAUAGGAAGACCAAGACUCAAUCCCUCAUUCGUUAUGCACAACUGCAGCAACAUGACGAGGAAAACCGCGACCGCUAUCAACGUUCUCUGGAAAGUUUGCUUUUAGCAGAGAAAGAACUAGAGCAACAUAUUGAAGAAAUCAAAAAUGCCAUAACCGAACACGGAGAUAAAGGAGAGGCUCUAAAGAAGGAAGCAACACUUUUAGGAGAACCUCGGACACAGAAGUCGAGCACUAACAAUGGAGCUGGCAAGGGGAAAAUGCGAGAAAUGUCACCUUUAACAGAAGACGAGAGCGAUGAUGGUGACAGUGAUCUCCCUCAUACUCCUGCUGGCGAGGAGCACCGCAUCAAGAAACGAGCUUUACAACAGCGGUUACGAGAAUGCCACAUGGUUCUGCAUCAGAUAAAAUUCUUGCAAGGAGAUAUAUACCAUUCAUUGGGUCAAUCAUACUCCGAAAGUGAGGAUGCAGCAUACGAGGCCGCUGAAAAAAUACGAAAAGAUCUGCUCAAAGCUACUGAAGAAAGCGCGACACGGGCUAUGGCUUAUCUCAAACUUCAUGCCACAGGGUCUGGUGUAAAUGAGAAAGCACUUAUGAUCCAAACACCUUACAUCGAUAAUGGAGGGAUUAGGACAGCACAUCUGUUUGAAGAAGCAAACGAAAUUAUCGAAUACAUUCUCAAUGAGCAAACCACUCUUCUUUGGCAAUGGAGAACGCGUAUUCAUACUUUGCUGACCGAGAAAUUAUCAGCUGGCAACGAUGAAGCUGAUGGACAGGAAUAUUCUCGUACUCUGGAGACUCAGGGCGACGCUGAAAUCUGUCUGCAAGCUUACGCUACCCUUUUGGCCGAUCGUCGAGAAGUCCUCGUGGCUGAGAGGACUCUUUUGGCCUCCCAUGAUGCAAAAGAAAAGAAAAGUCGCAAUACCAAUGCUUCAAAAGCUGCUGCAGAAGCAACUCCCGAACUUGAAAUACCUGAAGAUGUUGAUCUACAACCUCAGCAUGAGGUAUUGCACCAGGAACUAUCUGAAAAACGCAAAGAUUUGCUCGAGCAGUCCAGGGGUCGGGCUAUCAAAUCUAUCAUGGUCGAUUUAACUACCGUGGCGGCGCGCAUAAUAAACGAUAAGGACCCAGAGAAAACCAUAGCUAGGGAUGCUAUUUCGCGUUUGAGGUCCUUGAUAGCUACUCAAGGGAGUUUGAUGGACAAGCUUGAUGCAGAUCUUGUCAAGCUGCGCAAGGCCUUCAAUGAACGUAUUCUGUACUUCCGUCAACUACAAGAAAUAUCUGACACUGUAGCUGAGGUGUCUUGGGAAACUGGCCUCACUCACGCAAUGGAAAUUUGUUUAGCUGAGCACUUGAAUUUGGACACCAAAAUCAAAACUGGCCGUGCGAGGCAACGUUACUUGAAUCAUCUAGCAAAAAAUAAGGAGGAAGGUAAAGUAGACGAAGAUGAUGAGACGUGUAUAUUAUGUAGAUGUGAAUUCACGCGUGGUUUUAUAACUCAAUGUGCCCAUGUCUUCUGUGAGGGAUGUAUGAAAGCUUGGUUGACGCGCAAAGAAGGAAGAGUGUGUCCUGUCUGCCGGGUCCUCAUUAACGUGGAUCAACUGCAACGAUUCGCGGUCAAAGGCGAUAAACCACCUCCACCACAACCGGUGCUUGUUAAUAAUGAACCCGCCCCUAAAUCUCGUAGAGAGAUUGAGUAUAACAUGAUAGAUCCCAAAUUAAUCCAGGAGAUUGGAUCGAUGGAGUCGACCGGAAGUUACGGAAGUAAAAUUCAGACCCUAAUACGACACUUACUUUACCUGCAAGUCACGGACCCUGGCUCGAAAAGCAUCGUUUUUUCAGCAUGGGCUGAUUCCUUGCACAUCAUUCAACAUGCUUUGAACGCUAACGGUAUCCAGUGCCUGCGUAUUGACCAAGCUAAACAGAAAGGGAAAGAAAGCGCUGUAAAGAGAUUCCGUACAAAUCCUGAAAUCUUAGUGUUACUACUGCAUGGUGAACGAGAGAAUGCUGGUCUCAAUGUGACGUGUGCAUCGCGCGUCUUCUUGGUAGAAAGUGUCGUACACCACGGUUUUGAGAUGCAAGCAAUCGCUCGCAUAGACAGGAUGGGGCAAAACAGGCGUACAGAAGUCUUUUGUUACUAUGCAGAAGACACAGUAGAGAGGAAUAUCCUUGACCUCGCCGCAAGACAGGGGCUGUCGCUAUAUACAAAGGACAACUACGCAGGAACGCUGAAUGUUACUCCAUAUGCAAUGGAUUCGGAGAAGAGAGUUGUUGAUGCCCCUGCGAAGAAGCAGGUCCAAAAGGGCGAUUUCAUCUUCAAGGUGGACGAUAUGCUGGCUAUUCUAUUUCCUCACAUGUUUGAAGACCUUGAGUAUCUCAUUCCCCUAGAAAGCGAUGAGUCACAAGUACCAGGCCAUUCAACUAAUUUAGGUGGUGCCACGAUGACACACAACCAUAUCAAUGCAGCCGCAGGACCGUCAAAAGUCACAGAAUGA